GAAUACGGGGGUUUCGCUAUGUAGACGGUGCCGCUGAUUCAAGUGUUUUCGGUUUAGUAAUACGCGUACGUUUGUGCGGUAAACAUCAUAUUCGUUCCGGUGGGUUAUCUGUCGCUCGUUGUGAACUCGGUUCGAGAAUAUAAACAUAGUGAAGCCAAAUCCUUCGAAACGGAUUUUAUUUUUGUCGGAGCAAAAAGAAUCUGAUUUCAAUUAUUAUUCAAUUAUUCGUGAUUGUUUGAAAUAUUUGCGUGAUAUAAGUGUUGACGAAAAUAAAGUGGACAAAUAAUAAAAAAGCAACAACAACAACAACAACAACAAAGAAAGAAUUCGGCAUUUCAUCUUGUUAAGAGUUCAUUUCGUUUUAUUGCAUGUUGUUGACGAUAUUUUUUCGGUGUAUGUGUUGUCACACGCGUUUCGCAAGCCGAAUGCAGUGAUCAAACAGUUUGCGAUGAACUAAAUAAACAGUUCAUAAAACGCUGAUAAUUUAAGGAAUCAAACAGAAAACGGCGCGGCAUUUCAAUCGAACGUUUUGUAUUUCGUGUGCAUUGCAGUUCUGCUGUUUUUUCUUUGCCAUCGUUUGCAAAUAUGUAGAAUGUGCCAAAGUUUUGAAUUGAAAUCGAUCAAAAAGGCAAAAUGAAACGGAACAAAAUCAAAGGCAACACAAACUGUCUGUCAUGAAUGUGUAAACAUUCAAUGUGUCUUUUUUAGUUUUGGUGUAGUAUUUGUCAAUUUUUGAAAACAGCCACACACACAAGUACUAACGCUGCAUUUCGAAACGAAUUUUUCGAGUUGAGGCCAAAGAAGAUCAACAAACUUCCUCGUAUUUCAAACAAAAAGAACGUUUAACAAGAACGAAAUUUGAAAACGACGACGAAGACGACGGAUAAAAAGGCAGUGACAAGUGCUUCGUUCAUGCACAAAGACCAAUUCAAAAAGUAUAAAAAUAGAAUUUUCGAAUUUCAUGAAAGAAUUCACGAGAUUUGUGUUUUGGUCGUUGUCGCUUUUGUAUAUCUCACUCAAUCGUCGGUCGUGUGUGUGUGUGUAAAGAGUAAAUUCUCUUGAUGCGUACAUUACUUGAUGUUGUUUCGAUGCGUCAUUUGAUAGAAUAUAUUGAGCCGCCACCGCCGAAGAAAAAUCAGUUGUAAAACGUCUUCAAACGAAAAAAAAUAACCGACCAACAAACUAAAACUGCACAAACAAAAAGUGGGAAAUAGAAGGAAUAUUGAAUAAGUUAUUUCCAAAAUAAUAUCUGUGUUAAAGUGAACCGCACCGAUGAUGUUUUUCAUUUUCCCUUGACAACGUUCAUCACAUUUCGAAAAUAUUCUUUUCAAACGAUUCGGUUGUAUUUUUCUCUCUCCUUUAUUUAUUUAUGUGUUUUCCCUGUGUGUACUUAACAAGCAGCAAGCCAAACGAAAAACGUGCACAUAUGCGAGCGUGCUAAGGAAAUUGUACACUAAAAUAUACCUGCUUGCAAACACACAUCAAAAGAGACGUCCUCUCUGUAUAUCUCUCUCUCGACAACAACAUCAACAUCGUUGUCGACAAUAAACAAGGGAAAAGUAGUCGGUUGAGUGUAUUUUGGCAAGUGUUUGAAAAGUGUCGUGUAUUUUGUGGGCUUUUGUGCUAAGAAAGAAAAUGAAUGCUCAAUAGCAAAGUGUGUUGGAGAAGAAGAAGAAAAAAACCUCCGAAAUUGUAUUUCAAACGACGAAAAAAAUUUAUUGUCUUGAAAUUGAACAAAUUUUGAACGAAACGACCGACAGCAAAAAAAUAUGCCAAAACAAGUAUAUUCAUAAGUUGGUUUUGGCAUUUAGCCCGAAAGAAGAGGAAGAAGUCGUUCGUUUGUAUAAAACCGGCGAAAAAAAAGGUGAAGAAAACGAAUCUUAUAAAACCAUGUCGUGCCAUCAAAGACAGAGACUUUCCGGUGUGCCGGAAGGCAGAAAACGAAGCGAAUGGUGUCGAAAACCACCACCAGCAGCAGAAGCCAACCUGCACCGGACCUAUUUAGCCAGUACAGUGUUUACUAUUGUAUUGCUGGUGCAAUGGUCGGCCGGCACCUGUCAUGCAAUGCAACAGUUGCAUGCUGAUCAAACUGAUAUCGUGUCGUCCAGCGAUCUAUCAACAUCCGUACCGUCACACAAUAAAUGCGAACCGAUAAAUAUAUCGAUAUGCAAAAAUAUCCCAUACAAUAUGACCAUUAUGCCAAAUUUAUUCGGUCACACGCGACAAGAGGAGGCCGGCUAUGAGGUGUAUCAAUUUGCGCCGCUCGUCAAAGUGGGCUGUAGUCCGGAUUUACAAUUUUUCUUAUGCUUAUUGUAUGUACCAUUGUGUACGAUACUCGAUCAUCCGAUACCGCCGUGUCGAAGUUUAUGUGAAAGUGCACGUGUCUGUGAGACGGUCAUGAAAACGUUUCGCAUCGAUUGGCCGGAAAAUUUGGAAUGCUCCAAAUUCCCCGAAGAUGGUACGGGCAAAUUGUGUGUGGGCCAAAAUAAUAGCAAUGAAAAUGAUUCGUCGUCAACGAAAAAUGCAUUUCAUCCGACCAAAGUGAUUGAUAGUGAUACACGACGACGAAAUAAUGCGCCGCAUCAUUCGAGUGGCGGUGCCGGUGGUAUGACAUCACGGAAUUUCCGAUUUGUUUGCCCAUUGCAACUGAAAACGCCGGCUGACAUGGGAUACUCACUGAAAAUUGGCGGUUCGGAAACCAAAAAUUGCGGAGCUCCGUGUCAUGCGUUGUUUUUCAAGGAGAAUGAACGCACCAUUUUACGAUACUGGGUUGGAUCUUGGGCUGCUGUUUGCUGUGCCAGCUGUCUCUUUACGGUGUUGACAUUUUUGAUCGACUCUUCACGGUUUCGGUACCCGGAGCGGGCAAUUGUGUUUUUAGCCAUUUGCUAUUUAGUCGUCGGGUGUGCAUAUGUCGCUGGUUUGGGUGCCGGGGAUUCAGCCGCAUGCCGUGAACCAUUUCCACCACCAAUUCGGUUGGGUAAACUCCCAAUGUACUCCACCAUCACAAUGGGACACCGACAAUCAACGUUGUGCACCAUUUUAUUUAUGGCAUUGUAUUUCUGUUGUAUGGCGGCGUUUGCAUGGUGGGCCUGUUUGGCGCUCGCCUGGUUCUUAGCGGCUGGACUGAAAUGGGGCCACGAAGCCAUCGAAAAUAAAUCGCAUUUAUUCCAUCUGAUUGCAUGGGCAAUACCAGCACUGCAGACGAUAUGUGUGCUGGCCCUAGGAAAAGUUGAAGGUGAUGUGCUGUCGGGCGUAUGUUUUGUCGGUCAACUGGAUUCGUAUUCGUUGGGUGUAUUUCUGCUGUUGCCGCUGUGCAUUUAUUUGGUUUUGGGUGCAAUAUUUCUGAUGGCUGGUUUCACAUCGUUGUUCCACAUUCGCACCGUAAUGAAAGGUGAUGGCAAACGCACCGAUAAACUAGAACGCCUAAUGAUUCGCAUCGGUUUCUUCAGCGGCCUAUUCAUAUUGCCAGCGAUUGGAUUUCUCGGCUGCUUAUUCUACGAAUACUACAAUUUUGAUGCAUGGAUGCUGCAAUGGAAUCAGGAUAUGUGUAUCAUAUUUUCAAUACCGUGCCCGUUCAACAGUCGAUAUCAGGAGCACGAAGCGCGACCAAUGUUCGUUGUAUUUAUGAUAAAAUACGUGUGCUCAAUGCUGGUCGGAGUGACAUCGUCCGUGUGGCUGUACUCGGGCAAAACGGUGGUCAGUUGGCGACGAUUUAUUGAACGUAUACAAGGCACCGGCAAUACCAACAUGAAUGGCGGUGGCGUUGGUGGUGGUGGUGGUGGUAUGGGCAACGGUGGCGCCCUUGGCAAUGGUAUGGUCACACUUGGCACUGCUGGAAAUGGCACAACAGCUGGCAAUUCAAAGUCGGGCACUGCCAAUUUGGUGCGAACACGUGGACAAGCCUAUGUCUAGCAUGACGACAGUGCCGAUUCCGAGGCACACAUCAAUAUUCUACUUAGAUUGAAAUUGAACGUAGAGAAUUUCAAACGCAAACCAAAUAUUUAUAUUGUUUUACAUAAUAAAGAACAAAUUAACGACGCAAACGAUGGUUGAACACUUUACUCGAUGAAGAGAUCUUAAACAUGGAUACAGUUCCAAUGACAAGAGAUUUGGAGAGAAAAAAAAAACAAAAAAAAAACAAA